AGUGGAGACACUGAAGGGGCUGGACCCGCCGGGGAAGAAAUGGCGAGGACGGUGAACGAGAGCGAGUGUGGAAGCGAACCACGGAGUCCGGAGCCGCAGGGACCGGGCCGAGGGGCGGCCAGAUGGGGCCCGCAGCACGCCGGGGCCCGGGAACUGGCCACACUGUACUCGCCAGGCAAAAGAUGUCAAGAAGUGAUCAGUGUCGUCCUCUGCUUCUCUCUCAUGGCCUUCAAUUUCAUUCACCUCCUUGCCAAUUUCCAUCUUGUGCAUUUGUGGUACAUUGUGUUGGGCAUUGUGGCAGGAAUACUCACCGCAGACUUUGCAUCAGGUCUUGUUCACUGGGGGGCCGACACAUGGGGAUCAGUAGAUCUACCCAUCUUUGGAAAGGCCUUUAUACGACCAUUUAGAGAGCACCACAUUGACCCCACAGCCAUCACCCGUCACGACUUCAUUGAGACCAAUGGCGACAACUGCAUGUUGACCAUUGUCCCUCUUGCAUACAUGGCCUUCAACUUCCUCACCCUCUCCCUUGCGGACAUUUACCGUAACUACCCCUGGUACUGCUACUUAUUUGCACUAGCCAUCUUUGUGACCCUCACCAACCAGAUCCACAAGUGGUCACACACGUACUUCGGCCUUCCAGGUUGGGUCGUGUUGCUACAGGACCUCCACAUCAUCCUCCCCCGCAAGCACCACCGCAUCCAUCACGUCUCUCCUCACGAGACGUACUUCUGCAUCACCACAGGUUGGCUGAACUACCCACUGGAGAAGCUGAGUUUCUGGAAGACCCUGGAGGACCUCAUCCAGGGUGUGACGGGCGAGAAGCCCCGGUCUGACGACCUGAAAUGGGCUCAGAAAGUCAAGUAACGCUGCAGGCUAACGGCACCCUACCUCAGAAGAUGCUGGCUCCGUCCAGGCUUCUCAUCCCCUCUUUUGCCUCACUUAAACUGUAUCCAUAGGAAGGAAAACUAACAAACAGUUUCUGAUGCCAUAGCUUUAAGUCUUGCACAUUUUGUCUGUUAUUCAAGAGGAGGGCUUUGUUGAUUGAAUUUUUCGUUACUUACUCAUGGAGAUCAUUGUUUAAAAUUGCAAUAUAUCUUUAACUUACUGUGUAUUUAACACAACUCAUCACUUUUCUUUCGGAAACUUACACAGGUUUUGGUUGGAUGUAUAAUUUGAAAUCGCUGUCCAGGGAGAUUGAAGCAUUUUCCUCACGUCAGAUAAUUCAAACGAUCCCUUGAAAGGAUACUUGAACGUUGAGCACUCGCCUUUUUCUCCUCCAGAGCCACAACUGUUCAUUUCGAGAGUUGAUGGAUCUUAUAUUUAGCACUUCUUUAUUUUCUCUGGAUCAGUCGUUUCAUUUCCACCUCAUUAAGGGUCAAUUUGAUUUGAAGUAUUAAACGUGGAAUUAGGCCAUUGUAAGCCGUAGAGCUGGGGGGGGGGGGGGAUACAGGAUGCUUUACCAACGUGAAAGCUAAAGAACAAAUCGGUUGAUUACUGUUACAUUUCUCGACUGUUUUAAAAGGUGAGGUGAUGAUUCUAGUGACUCGCUAAAAGUCACAAUGCAGCCAGUUAAAUAGUUAAGUAGACCUGGGACAAUGACAAGCUAUAUUAGAAGAGUCUGUGACACUUAACAGCCAAACUAGAUACCAGCAUGAUAGACGACAGAAAAACACCUUUUUACAAAAUAAACAAUAUAGCUGUCAGAUACUUAGCAGAGAUUUUCUUUUAUUGUUUAUAGAUAUCAUUGGUUCCAAACACAGCAGAUGAGACAUUUUUAGGCUUCAUGGAUACGUACUGUAGGAUAUGCUCGUAACCGUAGUUAAUGUGGCUGCUAGACAAUUAGAAAACUUGGGGAAAUAUACAUAUAUAUUAUGCUGUUGAUGUGCUGAGUCAUUCUGGCCCUAUAGUCUUUCCAGAUGAACGCUUUGUCCAAGGAGAAAAGCCUUUUUGGGUAGAGAGACAGUUUUUUGGGAAAGAGGCCGCGUGCAGUUAUGUCUAGUUGCCUUAACGCUCUGUAAAUGCAGCUCUUGUGUCUUUUGUUGUUCUGUUUUUGUUUUAUGUGCAGCACUUCUUCUGCUUCUGUCUGGGGUUUGUGUCUCAGUUAGUCAGGCACGGAUCCUGCAAAGUAAUGUGCCAACUGUAUGUAACAUUUACUCCAUUUACACCUGGCAUUAGAACACGUUCCGGUCGAUCGGGUGGUGCGUCACCACAUUAAAAGUACAGGCACCCAAGAUCCAUUGAGGACGGAUUGUGAUCUGAUUGGCUAAACCCUCUCUGGAGGUUGUCGGGGACGUAUUGUGACCAUAUUGAACACAAGUCUUCAUGCUAUUUUGUUGUGAGUCCACAUUCAAUGACUUCAGGGGUGGAACUAAUAAUCUCCCAGGACUGUUCUGAACCAGCGAGGUAGCAGCAGCUCAGCAGUUAGCAGCCAUGAGCCAGUAAACCUGAAGCAGACCUCUCCACCUUAUUAUUCACCACACCUGUGGAUUGAGAGAAGAGGAGACUAAUCGAAAAGCAUCAGACACAAAAACACAGCGUCACUAAUGGCCACCAUCUUCCUUAUUAUAUAUUUGUACUGCGGUUUCUCAUGCAAACAAGAGGAAGAUGUGACCUGAGCUGGACAGAUCUCAAUUGAAUCUCAAUGUGGACACUGGAGACAUUAAUACCAGAUGUAAAUAUGAUCAGGUGAAAUCACUUCUAGACAAAUUCUGGAUUUGAGACGUAUUGUAAUGCCGGGUGUAAACGGAGCCACUGUUUCUGUUCCUCACGUCUUUCUUUUCUUUUGUAAUGUGAGAAGUUACUGUCAGUGUCAGAGUGAAACAUUCCCAGUGAGUGAUUAACUAACGUUGCCGCCUUGUUAACUGUGACAAGUUGAGCUGGGGAUGUUACAAGGGCUUCAGUGAAGGUUGACGAGGCAGGACUUUCUUCACUCCUAUACAUGACAUUAUGUUAUUAGAUUAAUCUGUUUAAAGUUUUUUUAUUUUUGAAAUGCUUUAGUUACUAAUCUGUAAAUGUAUUGUACAGCGAAUAACUAUGCAUUGUUAUAAGAGGCCCUUAACUAUACGUCUUAACUCAUAUGAUUAGGUUCAAAUGCCUUUCUAUUUUUAAUAAUAUACACAUAUUUACUUAGUUUGAGACCUGGAGUUCUGAAAUGUACCUAUUUAACAAACUGCAUGACAAAAUUUAGCUUUAGCUAAUUAAGGCGUCACUUACACAGAUGUUGGAGUGCAUGUGUAGAGCAUGUCUGCUUGUGGAAGCAAUACACUGGGUCACCAGCUUUCCUUUUGGGUUCGUGUUAAACUAACACUGACCAUGAGGAUCAUGCUCACGCCAGAUGAAAUUAAUUCUCACCUCUUUGAAAACAUGAGCCCAAGCUUUGACCGAAUUGUCCCGGGUUUGAAGAACCAAAGUUUUACCUUCCUUCCAAGGAAAGCGUGAUGAAGAUGUUCAGGUUACAAUGGGAGAAGCUGACCUCGUUCAGUCGGGUUGACCAGGUUCAAGGCUUAAAUAUCAAGCUUCUGGUGUUAAACUUUAAUCAUAGUUGUACUUAACUUUGAAACCAAAAUUCUGUUUUAUGUCAUGUGUUAUUCCGGUUUUUGAAUCCUUCAUACUUGAUUAGAUACAAUUGUUCACUGCAGGUCAACAGCAGAAGUUCAUGACACAUUGCAUUGUACUCGUAGAGAAGCAUUGUGAGAAGCAGUUCUCUGUGAGCGAGUGUAAUGUUUGCUGGUAAACGAAUAGCAUCAUGUGUCUCUGCAUCAAAGUUGUAAGGCCUACGUUCAAAUUGUAGUCCUGCUAAUUCUUUAUUUGAUUAGAAGACAUUAUUACGGGCAGAGGUUACUGCCGAGAGAAACUCAACUUUACUGAGAGCAAGUUUUGUGUUGGCUCCGCUGAAUGUAUCAGGGCUUAAGUUAAUUGCCUUUUUGUGGUAAGAUAAAAAAGUAAUGAUAAGGUAACUUUGUGUUUUUGUGAAACUAGGACAGUCUUUGAUUUUAGACACAAUUGACCAUCAUUUGUUGGACAUCGACACAAUUGACAUAAAAAAACAUGUGUUGGUGUUGAACUCAUACUAGAAUAAUCUUUGCUUGGAUACAGACUUGCUUUCAUUGCUAUUUAAGGCUGUAACAUGUAUCGACUUAUUCUUCCUUCUGAUUCUCCAGAUUGUUCUUAAGCUGAGUAAAGUAGUUUAAUAUGAAUUGGAAACAAAACAAGACAAGACACCCCCAUGAGUUUAAGUGAGAGACGUUAUUUAUUGGAUAAAAGUUGUUUCAAUCACUUAUUUGUGUCCGAUUCGUUUGGCACUAUAGCCGAACGAUAUAAAUACAGAAUAGGUUCUGCUGUAGCCAUGUGUCAGUGCAGUUAAAUUGGCCUCUUGUUAUUGAGGGUAGAACUUGUGAUUAAGCUGUGUGUGGUUUUUCUGCUUAGAGACAAUGGGCUUUCAUUAGUGGACUUGAAGGGUAUUUUGUGACAAUGUGAGCGGUUAAUUCAAUAUUGUUCCCACCGGAAACUGUUUUGUGGAAGCAAAUGAAGUUGUCAGUGAAUGUGGUGGGCGGUAAUUGUUGGUAUGUUUGACAUGCUGUGUUCAAAUCGGUUUUGUAACGAACCCUGGACUUUAUAUUGAAUUGCCUUAUUCUCUCCCCGAUUGAUUUACUGUAAAUCUUGCCGACAACAUGGGAAAAAACAAUUCGCCGGCUGACUUUAAAUUGCCCUUCGUUUUCCUCUCACUUCUUCAGAGGCAGGACCCAUAUGGAUGUUGUAGUUGGUUAUAUUGGCUGGUGGUGAUGGAGUUUUAGAUAUCAGAAUAAUGCCUCGAUGCCUUUUUGUUGUCUUCCAUGUGGGAGACUUACAAUGUAUAUAUUAAACUGUAUUUAUAAGUCAACUAAAAUAAACAAUUGAUUAUUGCUGCUUCUC